AUGGCUUGGUUGGUUGCGUACCCGGCAGUGGCCAUGCUGGCCAUGUUCAUCGUGCUGGUCAUCAUGCUGAUACUCCGGUUCGGUGCACGGUUGUGUCAGCUGCGCCAUCACACCCUGCCGGACGAUCAGGAUUUGCGCGACCAGGCGUACGAUCAGAAGGUCAGCUACGCCUGACCGACCGACCCCGGCAGCUGAAACGCCAUGAAUGACGCCAAAAUAUUGCUGACGGGAGAGGGAGGGAAGAGAUGAUGGUGUGUGGCUUCCCCCUUUUUUUAUUGUAUUUCCAUUUAUUUUUCACAAUUCCACUAAGCAAUGUUUCAUUCUUUUUAUAACGUGAAUCUCGAUUUUCAUACCGAUCGGUGAAGAAGAAACACAAAUGAUGCUUUUGCCCCCUUGCAGUUCGCUAGAGCUAGACUUUAGAGAUGUGUACUACUAACCAUGUGUAGUGUUAGUUACACAUAGAAGAUUAUUCUUUUUUUUUUUAAUUCCCACAAAUGACAGCUAAACGUAAGACUUGUAACUACUCUACUGUGCAACACAUUCCGUCCAGAGAAGGGAAAGCUUCCCAUAGUUUUAAAAAAGCCGUCCGUUACGAGCGCAACAAUGUAUUUUUUGUAGAAUGUUCCAACACAACACGAAGUUUUCCGAAACAAUGCAAUGCAGUUAACACAUACAGAAAAGAAAACAAUGUGCCUUUUAUACACAAAACUUUACUAACAUUCCUUAAACUUCCACUCUCACUCACACAAAACCGAUCGAUUUUUAGAACAUUUGUACAAGAAGAAGCAAUAUGUAGUAAACGAUAAAAUAAAUAAAAACCUUUUUUUUAAUUUCUACAAAACCCAACACAGCGAUUUGUUUUUCUUUCACCAGAGAAAACGCUUUCGCACAAUAAAACACGACCCGUUUUAUUCAGUAAAUAUAAUUUUUCACAUUUUAUUUCUCAACGUUUGUUUGUUUGUUUUUUUGUUUUGCGCAUUUUUUUGUAUACGCAUUUUCUCCCUACCCUCCUGCUACAAUUUUCUCUCCUCCUCCUACUCCUGCUCUUCUUUUAUGUCAAAUAUAGUUUAACCUUGUCUGAGUUUCAUCAUCUUUUCACCCUUUUUCAUUUUCAGUGGAUGUUUGUCUCUAUCUCUCUUUGUUUUUUGUAUUUGUAUUCUGCUUUGUUUCUCUCUUCUUCAUUAUCUUAGUGCAUUAUUUGUAGUGUAUUGAUGUAUCAUUUUCCUUUUCUUUUUUCUUUUGUUUAACUUUUCCAUUUUCCUUUUGCUUGCACACCGAUGCUCCGAUGCCUUUCUUUUGUGUGUUCCUUUUCGGUUUCCUGUGUUUUGGUUGGUUCGGUUUGUUUGUUUUUGUUGAUGUUUAUUAUUUUUUUCCUAACAAAUUUUGUAUUUUUCUUCUUCUUCCUCUCCUUUUGUCCAUGGCUAAUUGAAAAACCGAAAAAUAAAGCAAGGACGCCCGUGUCUUUCGAUUGUACCAUGUGUUGAUUAUAGUUUUGUAAGUUCUAAUUUUUCCUUCGCGUUACAGGCGCAGUUGUUUUGGUUGCUCAGUGGUGGUGGGUGGGAGUAGUGUUAGUAGAAAAUUGCCAGAACAACAAAAAAAAAACGCACCAACCAACUCCCGCACAAUGGAAACGCGUACGUAAUGUGUGUAUGUGUUUCUGUACGUUAUCAAAAACUGUGUGUCCAUUCAGUCCGGGAUAACCAAAAGUAAAAUGAGAUCAGAUCGCGGGUUCUUGCAUUAUCACAACGGAGGGAUGAUGAUAUUUACGAUCGUUUCGUGCUUAUGUAUGUGUGUGUGUUCGAGAGACAGAAAACAUAGAAAA